AUGUUUGUUGGAGUCGCACCAGGUGCCGCGCCCUACGCACCUCUGGUACCCCGCAAGAAGGCAAGCAUCCGACAGAAGAGCAGGUCGGCGUCUCUGGUCCCUUUCAGAGACGAUACCAAGCUGGUGGCUUUGCGGUACGACCAAACCGUGCAGGCCGAGCCACCCAUCCCCAUCCCACCCCCUCGUUCUGCUCGCCGACCACCACCACGUCCCAUCUCGUGCAAUACCACCCGAAACGCUACUGUCGUCGUCCCCCCUCCUCGCCCCCCUUUUCCGACCGAGCAGCAUCCGGCAUUAAGGACCAUCAGCAGCCCCCGAUCGACCGCGGCGCCCGAGAAGCGAGAUUCUGGCCAUGUGCCGACCCCCUCGAGCACAUUUACCAUCCAAGAGGACAGCGAGACCGACGACGAAGAUCCUUUCACCUACGAGCACGUCCGCAAGAUACCUGCCAUCCGACCGCUCCGCCUCAGGACCCGUUCGGCGUCGCCCUCUCUUUAUCCCUCGCACGAGGGGCGUGUAAGUGAGUCAUACAGCAGGGCUAGCGUGCCUGCGAGCUCGCCAGCGCUGUCGGACGGCGAGACCGUCUCCCCCGCAUCGCCGACGACGCCGCCCUUCAAUUUUCCCAGGCGGUUUGCGAGAAGUUUGAGUCUGCGGUCGAGCUCGUCCCGGACGUCGACAUCGAAGAUGCGGCGGUUGCGCAAGAAGCUAGCAGCAAAUGACGGAGAACCGUGCGUCACUGACGGCCACCCUGGCCAUCCAGUCAGCGACCAGAACAGGGACCAGGGCGGGUCUGCGCCUAAAGGGCCUAACCUAAGCAGCAGCAGCAGCAGCAGCAGCAGGUUUUCGCCAGCGCCCUCAGACCCCCGUGGCUCUCCAAUUAUCUCGACCGCCAUCCCCACUGAUAGCUUGUUGGAUGAUGACUUUAUGACCCAGCUGUCCUUCUCCAAGCGCGGCAGUCUCAUUUUCGGCGCUAAGUCCCCGCGCAGAUUCAACAAGAACGUGACAAUCAUGGCCGAUGCGGGCAGCAGCUCGGCUUCGGAACCGCACAGAAAUCCUCGUUCCUUUCCCUUGGUUCCCACCGCCGUCCAGUCCCGCCAAGACGAAGGCGGCGUCGGCACCCCUAUCGCGACCGACGCGAGCGCCAAGGAAUCCUCCAAAGUCCCCGAUACGCGCGACGACGCCAAAAACGACGCCUCGACAACCGUGCCCUCGAGUUCUCGCCGAUUGCCUAGCGUGCGGGUCAUAUCUGCUGAGGCGGAGAGGGAGUCUCAAAAGGUGAGGUCGCUCUAUGAAUCCGGGGAAGGUCUCAGUUUCGAGGAGGCUGCAGGACACUCAUCGCUCGGUGAGCGUCCUCGAUCCACAGCAGAACACCCGUCAGAAGAGAAGAACGAGAACGACGCGUUAAGCGAGUAUGGACGCCCUACACAGAUCUCGGUUUCUACUUCGUCGCUACUAGAUAAGGGCUCGCGGCGCGGAUACGAAUUGGCAGGAGGCAUCGAGGAUUGGGAGGGAGUCGACGGCGAAGAUGUCGAUCGCUACGGUUUCAUUUCGCGCCAACAGCGACCGGCCUCACAGCAACGGCCAGGCUCGCCACGACCGACCACACCAGACGAAUCUGCUGGGCCCCCUCAGUUCUCCCCCCGCAAGCAGCGGAACGUUCUGGUACGCAAGGAGACGCCGUCUCUCUCGUUGAAGCUUAAGCGUGGUCCGCGUAGGAGGAUGUCGGCCCGCUCUCUGAAUACCCAGACCUCGGGAUUGUCGACGGCAUCGCGCCGAUCCACUCGUUCCGCUAUCCGCCAAGCCGCAAACUUGCUGCCGCACAAUAGGGAUAGGAGAUUAAUUGACGAGGCCGGGGACAUCCUCGCCUUGCAGCCAGGCCUGUCGAAUGUCGACGACGAUGAGCCGACGGAGAGGAAAAUGGCUGAGUCGAAACGAAAAGAGAUCGCGCGCUCGGAAAAGUGGCGUAGGAUGGCCAGAGUAAUAAAGCAUGGUCCGGACGGCCAAGGUAUGCAGUUCGACUUUGACCUUAAGCACCCCAAGCUGGUCAAGCGGACGUGGAAAGGCAUCCCCGAUUGCUGGCGAUCAGCGGCCUGGUAUUCCUUCCUUACCACCAGCGCCAAAGCCAGCGAGAACCCGUUCGUUCCCGACGACCAGCUCAAGGUCGACUUCCACCGACUGCUCCAGCAGCCGUCCCCGGACGACGGCCAGAUCGACCUGGACGUGCCAAGGACCAUCAACCAGCACAUCAUGUUCCGUAGACGGUACCGCGGCGGCCAGCGGUUGCUCUUUCGAGUGCUGCAUGCCUUGUCGCUCUACUUUCCGGACACGAGAUAUGUCCAAGGCAUGGCUCCCUUAGCGGCGACCCUCCUCAGCUACUACGACGAAGAGACGUGCUUCGUAAUGCUCGUUCGGCUAUGGAAGCACCGCGGUCUCAAUCGGAUGUACCAGUCCGGAUUCGAGGAGCUGAUCAGUGCCCUGAAAGACUUUGAGCAACAAUGGUUGGACGACAAGGACGUUGCUCAGAAGCUUACGGAGCUCUGCAUCGACCCAACCGCGUACGCUACGAAGUGGUACCUCACACUCUUCAACUUGUCGAUCCCCUUCCCCGUCCAGCUUCGCGUGUGGGACAUCUUCCUCCUGCUGGGUUCCUCGCCCGACCUCGGCGGCGGUUCUGCCUCGAGCCAGGGCGACUCGGCGGAGCAGCCCUCAUCCAAGGGACUCGAAAUUCUCCACGCCACUAGCCUCGCUAUCAUCGACGCGCUCCGAGACUCGUUAUUGGAUUCCGACUUUGAGAAUGCGAUGAAAUCCCUGACAUCCUGGGUCCCUAUUAAGGACGACCAGGGGUUCAUGGACCUGGUGGAAUUGGAAUACAGACGACACCAAGGCAAGCAGAAGUCUUAG